AGCUCCAUAUUAAUGCCCAUGAUUUGGGAAUGAGGUGGAAGAAGAAGUGUAAACUCCAAACACAUUUUCACUAAAAGCAGCUGUUUAGCUCGAUAAACAAAGGUUGGCAAAAAUGAAUGUCCAAGUCAAGAAAGAUUAACAGCAGCCAGCAGCACUUGCAGCACUAGCCUAUUAACGGGUCCUUUUUCAAAGCAUAGGUCAGAUAGACCAGUGAGUGUUGUUUGGCUUAAUAUUCGGAGUUGAGAAAUAAAGUUGACAUCGUUAAAAAGAAGAUAUGCUCAUCUUUCCUACUGUCGGUAUGUCAUUCAAAAUUAGUUUAUUAUGUUUUUUGCCAGCGAUAUUCAUAACAUUCAAAAUAAAGUAAUAAGAAGAAAUCUACGAAAAGAAAGAAGAAAAUAACGGCUGAAUAACCCUGCCAUGCGCCCAUGACUUAUUUUAUCUAUACUUGGCUGUGUGCCAUGAGUUGUAAACAACUAAGAUGACGCGCUAUGAUAAGAGAUAACCAACGGGUCUCUUUUGGAGGUGGUUUCUGUGCAGCAGCGUUGUGCUUGGGCAGAUCAGACGAUACAUAAAAAGAGCCCCGAAGCUGUGAACUCUAUUGAGUUGGUUGGCAGCAAGUCAAGAAGUUGAAGCAACAAUGAGUCUCUCGGCUAAGGACAAGGCAAUUGUCAAGGCCUUUUUUGGCAAGGUUGCCGGCAGGGCAGAGGAUGUUGGCAACGAGGCACUUUCCAGGACGCUGGUGGUGUACCCCCAGACCAAGACAUAUUUCUCCCAUUGGAAGGACCUGAGCCCCGGCUCUGCCCCGGUCAGGAAGCACGGUGGGACCGUUAUGGGAGGCGUCCUGGGUGCCAUUGAGAAGAUUGACGACCUUAGUGCUGGUCUUCUUACCCUCAGCGAGUUGCACGCCUUCAUGUUGAGAGUGGAUCCUGCCAACUUCAAGAUCUUCAACCACAACAUGCUGGUGACGCUGGCCAUGAUGUUCCCUGACGAUUUCACCCCUGAGGUGCACGUGGCCACUGACAAGUUUCUGGCCCAGUUGGCCCUGGCUCUGUCUGAGAAGUACCGUUAGGCAAUGAGACAGAUUUCCACUUGACAAUCUUUGUAGGGUGCCAAUUUAAAUGAAAAGAUGCAAUAAAUGAAUCCUACCGAUCGAAUCUGAAACGUUGUUGUCCUUGGUGAUUAAUCGUAGGCUAUAUGUUUUUUAAUGUUUAGCUACUUAUUUAUUUAAUUGAUAGACCUAGAUUAUUGAUUGUGAAAUAAUUACACAAAUAUAUCCACUAUCCACAAAGUUGAAACUUCCACUACUCCACUGUGGGUCCACAAUGCCAUUAAUAGUUAUAGCAAUUAUUAUAGAAACUUCCACUACUCCACUGUGGGUCCACAAUGCCAUUAAUAGUUAUAGCAAUUAUUAUAGUGAUAGGUAACCACCACCUUCAUUAUCAUUAUUAUGAUCAUUAUUAUCAUUAUUAGGCUACCAUUUUUACAUC